AUGCCUUUUCCCAUACCCACCGAGAAGAUCGAGCGCCGCCACCUCAUCAACGGCGAGCUCUGCGAGUCCUCCGGCAAAGGCACCUUCAAGCUCAACUCGCCCUACAACCAUGAGAAGAUCACCGAUGUCUGCGAGGCCACGGUCGAAGACACCAACCGCGCCGUCGCCGCAGCAAAGGCCGCUUUCCCGGCAUGGGCUGCUCUGGACCCACCCGCUCGUGGUAGCUACAUGAAGAAGUUUGCAGCUCUUAUCCUCGAAGCCGCGGAUGAGCUGGCGCAGCUGGAUGCCAUGUCUAUGGGCAGGCCGGUCUCGACGUACUUCGACCCGUACUUGGCGGCUAGCUGGUUCGAGCAUUUUGCGCAGGCUGGGUAUGAUGCGAGAGGCCAGACGAGUUUGAACACGCCCGGUUAUGUGAACAUGACCUUUCGGCAGCCUAUUGGGCCGAUUGCUGCCAUCAUUCCCUGGAACGUCCCCACCAUGAUGUUCUCCCACAAAGUCGCACCAGCCCUCGCAGCAGGCUGCACCGUCGUUCUCAAGAGCAGCGAAAAGGCUCCGCUUACACCAGCCAAACUCGCCGCCCUCGCCCAUCAAGCCGGCUUCCCCCCAGGCGUCCUCAACGUGAUCUCCGGCCACGGCACCCCUUCGGGCUCCACUCUGUCCUCCCACAUGGACAUCCGCCUCAUCAACUUCACCGGCAGCGGCUUCACGGGCCGCAAAAUCCAAGCCGCAGCCGCCAGCAGCAACCUGAAGAAAGUCGUCCUCGAGCUCGGAGGAAAGUCCCCCUCCCUCGUCUUCGAAGACGCUGACAUCGCGAAGUCUGCCGGCGACUUGGCGAUGUCUAUAUCGAUAAUUGCAGGUCAGGUGUGCAUCGCUACCAGCCGCGUUUACGUCCAAGAGAGCAUCGCGGAGAAGUUCAAGGAUGCUUACAUCGCGAAUAUGAAGGCGGCGAAGAAGGGUGAUCCGUUGUUGCCCGAGACGCAGCAGGGGCCGCAGGCGGACGAGCAGCAGUUUGAGCGGAUCAAGGGGUUCUUGGAGAGUGCUAAACAGGGCAAGGGAAAGUUGGCUCUGGGCGGGAAUGCCACGCAUGUCGAUGGGCAGGGGUAUUUCAUUGAGCCGACUGUGUAUACUGAUGUGCCGGAGGAUGAGCGCACGCAGAAGGAGGAGGUGUUUGGACCGUAUGUGAAUAUUAACACGUUCAAGACGGAGGAGGAGGCGAUUGCGUUGGCAAAUGAUACGGAGAUGGGGCUGUAUGCUUCGGUGUAUACGAAGGACAUUAGCCGGGCGAUGAGGGUUGCAAAGGGGUUUGAGUCGGGGCAGGUGGGCGUGAAUUGCACGUCGCCAUUCUUCGCGACCGACAUGCCGUUCGGCGGCUACAAAGGCUCUGGCCAAGGCAGGGAGGGCUUCGGGUAUUCGCUUGACGAGUACUUGGAGGCGAAGAGUGUGAUGAUCAAGCUUGAUUAG